GCGGAGGAAGGUGCUUGUGGCGGCGGCUGGCGGCUGGAAUAUUCGAGUACACGCACGAGGCUGGCAGACCACUCGGCGUCUAUUGAGUGACCAGAGAGCAGACAGCAGAAUGGCGGACAACAAACUGUACGAUGUUCUCGGCGUCUCCCGGAGUGCUUCAGACGCAGACAUCCGCAGAAGUUACCGCAAACUUGCAAAGGAAUGUCAUCCGGACAAAAACCCUGCAGCAGGUGAUAAGUUUAAGGAGAUCUCGUUUGCUUACGAAAUACUUACAGACCCCCAGAAACGUGAGAUUUAUGAUCGAUAUGGCAUGAAAGGACUCCAGGAAGGAGGAGACAACAGCUUUGCUGGGGCAGAGGACCUCUUUGGGCACUUCUUUGGGGGAGGUGGGCCAUUUGGUGGACUAUUUGGUGGGUUUGGUGGAGGUGGCCUCAGACACGCACAAAGGAGAGGGCCAAGAAGAGGGGAAAAUACUGUUCAUAGGCUAAAAGUUUCACUGGAAGACUUGUAUAAUGGCAAAGUUUCAAAAUUACAGCUUUCUAAGAAUACUAUCUGCACAGCAUGUGGAGGGGAGGGUGGACCAGCUGGAGCUCUACAACCUUGCCGAACAUGCAGUGGGCGCGGAAUCAAGAUUACUAUUACCCAACUAGGCCCAGGAAUGGUGCAACAGAUGCAGUCUCGUUGUCCAGAUUGUGAUGGUGAAGGUGAAGUAAUCAAUGAACGUGAUCGAUGCCAAGUAUGUAUGGGCCGCAAGGUUACCCCACAAACAAAGUUGUUGGAGGUACAUGUAGAUAAGGGAAUGAAAGACGAACAGAGAAUUACUUUCCGUGGUGAAGGCGAUCAGAUGCCAGGAGUCGAGCCGGGUGAUGUUAUUAUAGUCCUUCAGGAAAAGCCACACGAGGUUUUCCAGCGUAGCGGUUCUGAUCUGAUGAUGAAGCACACUGUCACUCUAACAGAGGCAUUAUGUGGUUUCACUACAGUGGUUAAACAUUUAGAUGGCAGGAACCUAGUCAUUAAACAUCCGCCUGGUGCCGUUUUAGUUCCAGGUUGUGUGCGUGGUAUAGAAAAAGAGGGCAUGCCGUUGUUCAAAAAUCCCUUUGAAAAGGGAGAUCUUUAUGUUCGUAUUGAAGUUGAAUUCCCUGAAAAUUAUUUUGCCCCCGAAGCAAAAUUGAGGGAAUUGGAAGCCAUUUUGGGAGGACGACCUGCUGCAGCGCCAAUUCCAAGUGAUGUGGAGGAAGUUAAUAUGUCAGAUUUCCAUGAGAGUUCUGGUGCAGGCGGCUCUCGAGGUCAGUACUGCGACGACGACGACGAUCAUCCUCACAUGGGUGGACAGCAUGUACAGUGUGCACACCAGUAAUCAGGAAAGUUAAGGGUAUUGAAAUAGCAAAUGUUGCACAGUCAUAUCUUGUGAAUUGGACCAUUAGAAAGCAAUUUUGAAAAGUUGUCUGCCAUGUUACUGGGACUGGAUAGUAAUUUGGCCGCCUGAAGAAAUCCAUGUAUGUAUGGUGUUUAAUAUAAAUUAAUCGGCUCUUCAGGAUGUGAUAGCUAUAAUAAAUUUUGGUUAACUUCAUUGGCAAGUCAUGCCCACUAAUGGGUGUGGUUAUUUAGUUUUGGCUCGUUUACCACAUCUUCAUUGGAUUAAAAAUGGUAAGAAUAUUUUUAUGGUACUAUCAUGCAUACAUGUUUACUUGAUACAUAUUUUGAUUAAAUAUAUACAAAAAUAUAAUUUGUUGCAAGUUUAAACUUGAUUAUUCAUGUAUGCUUUUUUCACUUUUUGAAAUAUCUUAUAUUUAAUAUUUGUGAAACUAAAUUUAUUUCAACGUUCACGUGAACCAUUUAGGCAACUGUUAUAAUCUUGGCAUGAUUAGUUAUUAAUGCAGUUUAAUACAUGGAGGCCAUGACUUGGAACAAAUAAUUUUUCUCUUGGAAGUCGACUAUAAAGCCAAUCUCAAUUGUCUAAUGUGCAAUGCUGCUGCAUCUAUUUCUGCCACUGAUUAUAAUGAGGCUCAGACGGUAACAGGAUCAGCUGUUUUCUGUGAUAUGCCAUAUCCUUAAAUUUUCCUUUACUUUAGCUUAAGGGGGCUUCAUGGCAUCAGGUUAAUGAUCUGCAUUCCAAGUCCAUAAGACCCAAGUUGGAUUGUGGUGUUUGAGAGAGAGGAGGGUCGGCAGGCAUCACAUCAGGUUAUGUGCACCACGGGUCAUUUGUCAUGUUGUCCCAGACUUUAGCUGAUUCUUCUUGCCUAAAAGGAUGCUGCCCCCACGAGAGUGGGAGACGUUAUACCCUGCUAUUGAUUUCUCUACAUUUUAUUAAUUAAAAGGCGAGAGUCUGUAGGAUAAUAAACAUUAGAAUAUAGUUGCUUGCUCUUAGCAGCAGUGACCAUGAUUAUUGGCAUAGGAUCCAUACUCUUAAUGUCAUGAAAUUGGUAUCCAUAACUGUUUUGUUAGAUUAUUUCACUUAUGCAUGUAUUUUUUAUUUUUUUUUAAUACUCACCUAUAAAAUGAAGAUAAAGUUGAUGGGUGCUUUUUGAUUAAUUUACAAUGGCUUUUAUGUGACAUUCUGAACAUUGUCAUACUCCAGCUGCCUAUAAAUAAAUGGAUUUAUUUCCAAGAUAUUCCAUACAAUGUCAAGGUUUAGUUUAAAUUCUCCUGAAGCAAAAUUAUUAUUAAUGAGGCUUUACAAAAGGAGAGACCGAGGCUUAAGUGUUGGUGGUGACCCAAGAAGCCUGAUAUGGUAUGCUUCGUAAGAGCCAGCAGUAAGCACUAUGUUGCUUAGCUGAUGUAAUUAAAAAAUAAGUCAAUGUCAACUGCUUCCUUUAUCAUUGAUUUUAGAUUUUUUGUAUCAUUAAUUAUGCAAAAAAUUAGGGUAUUGAUGAAAUAAUUUAGUAUUGUAUAUAAAGGUGGUAUUUUUCCUGGUAACUGGAGGCAACCAUUCUUGAAACAUUCACAUUCAAUUGAACCAUGGAUGGAAUUCCCAUUUAGUGGAGGUUGGAUUUAUUUUAGAUUAAUUUGCAUUAGUUUUCAAGGUAAACAUUCCCAGUUUAGUUUGUAUCUUUUCAUCGUUGGAUUUCUGACGUAAAACUAUGUUGGCCAAUUAUUACUGAAGCAUAACAUUUUAAAAGCAGCAUGAAUGCUGUCGAUUCAGACGCUGCAUCCGAGGCUAAGGUGGGAUGUGGGGUCAGGACGGUAGAUACACUGUACAAUUAUCAUGGAUAAAAUUAUUUCAAGUACUGUAGUUAAGGAGUAUAUAUAGUGUUUUUCUGUCUGUAUCUGUGUAACUGAUAUACCACCUGAGAGUGCAGCUAUGUCUUGGUUUCAUUGUAUUUAAUGUGUUUGUUCUUAAAUCAAGAUUUAAUUGCACUUCCAGAAUAAAAAAAAUGAAAUGCAAA